AUGGACGUCAAAACAGCAAAGCGAAGAAAACUUACCGACAAAUCUCUACCGAAUGUAAUCCUUCAAAACCCUGAAUUCGCAGAGGACUCCAAGAUGUAUCAAAGCCUUUUAGAUAUGGAGAGAAAACUAGACUGGACAAUGACGAGAAAGAGGGUAGACAUCCAGGAUUCGUUGUCUAGGACUCCCACUACGACACGAACAUUACGGAUAUUUCUCAGUCACACCGUAUCUUGCCAACCCUGGCAAACGGAUGAGCACGCGAACCUGGAAAAUGGAGAGAACAUCCCCGCAUGGCAAUUCAAAAUUGAAGGACGGCUUUUAGAGCUCCCGAAUCAACGUGCAAAAGAUAAAACGCCACCGAGAAAGUUCUCGACGUUUAUAAAGAGGAUGGUCGUUGAACUCGAUCGAGAUACGAAAUUGUAUCCAGAAAGCAAUAUUGUUGAGUGGCCACGGGCAACCGGGUCCCAAAAUCCUCUUAUGGACGGAUUCACUGUUCGACGCACAGGCGAUACACCGACCGCCGUUAGAGUCGUUAUCUUCCUCGACCAUUAUCCAGAACAGUUCAAGGUUGCCCCAGAACUUGGCAAUAUACUCGCAAUCAAAGAAGAAAGUCGGUUAGGCGUUGUACAGGCAUUAUGGAGUUACAUCAAAAUCAACGGACUACAGGAUAAGGCAGACAGGAGGAUGGUUCAUGCAAAUGCAGAAUUGAGACCGAUCUUCGGUGGCCACGAAACUGUUCCGUUUGCGAAACUUCCCGAGUUCGUAACACGAUAUUUAAUGCCUCCCGAGCCCAUCUUGCUACACUAUCAACUUGACCCCUCUAUGUUACCUCCGGAGAGACCUUCAGCUUGGGAUGUGGAGAUUAAGAUGGAGGAUGCAGCAGCCAAAGCCAGGCUGGGGGUGUUAAUACAGCCGAAUAAAGAAGCCACCGUACAGAUCACUAAGAUGGAUGAAGAGAUUGCAUUGCUCGCACAAUCCUUACACAACUCACACCUGAAGCGAACUUUCCUUGAGUCUUUCGCGAACGAUCCGGCGUUGUUUAUCCAAACGUGGUUGGAAAGCCAGUCGAGAGAUUUAGAAACGAUACUCGGGAGCGGACCUACGGAAGGGCUGACCGUUCGGCAGGAAGAGUUGAGGAGGAGUGAGUUCUUCAAAUUACCGUGGGUCGAGGAGGCGGUUGCGGUACAAGAAGGGCUUAGACUGGCGGCAAAGGCUAAUCAGCAGCAGACGACGUAA